UUGUGGCACUUCUUCGCCAACGGCAACCUAGGGUAAACAUUUUGUGGCAACAACCACCACCAUUACGAAUCAUUAAUAAAACAUCUGCGACAGUGUGUUUGUAAGUUCUUGCAACGAACGGACAGAGACAUAGGUUGACUUGUAUACCGAAAAUAAAUUAUAAAAGUCAUGUGUAAAAGGCUAACAAUUUCUACGUUACUCAAGGAAGGUUCGUUCUUCAUUCAUAAAAUACGACACAAUAUAGCCGGAGUGAAAAAACAAUGACGCUGAGGCCUUGCUUUCUCUGCUAACGGACAGACUGCGGCGGUCGACGUCCGUCAUGUUUCGGACGACGUUUCAACAAACUUAGCGAUACUUUUCUUCUGCGGACAAAUUUAUACGAUUUUGGUGUUUUUUCUGGUGUUUGGUUUUUUAAAGCUACAUAAUAAUUGUUAUGCUAAUCAAAAGGAAAAAAUAAAAGUAAUAAAAGAAUUUCGAAAAAAUUUAUUUGAAAAUAUGGAAAAAUUUUGCUUAGUAAAUAUGGUAGGUUUUUGUAAAUUGAACAAGUGCCUCGUAACGAGUGAAUGGAAAUAAAUCAAAUAAUACAGAUGUGUGUAUAUGAAAGAUACACCAAGCAAGCGAAAAACAUUGAGCAAAUAAAACCGAAAAUUGUGUGUAUGAAAAAAAUAUUUGUAAAGUGAUGUCAUUUGUUGUUAUUUGUGAAUAUUAAACAACAUAUUUGUUCUCGACAACACAGUGUGAGUGAAUUGACCAGUAGUCAAUUAUUGCCCAGCCCGGUCGACAGAAGAACCAUAAGUGGAAAAAGAUUGGUAGCACAUUUAUAAACAAUUUAUCACAAUACCUUAAUAAAACAUCUUGGGAUACCCCACGACAAUUGGACGCCAAGACAAAAAAAAAAAAAAAUCCGGUUUUAGAAAAAAAAUUAUAAACGGGGCACAGAGACCUUCUUGGAAUUUACCACAGGAGAAGGAAAGGAAAAUAAGUUAAGUGGUGCAGUGUAUUGCUUCAGGAAGUGUUUCAAAGUCAUGUGCUUAAUUUGAUCGUCCUUCGGCAACAGCCUUAACACAUAAAAAAAUUAACGAAGUCAAGUGGGUACUCAAUGGAAUUGCUGUAAGUCAUCUGCCCACGAAACUGUGUCUUAAAAGUGUAAAUUUACAAUUCCCCGAAAUCCUACAUUGUAAUAUUCAUCAAAGAAAUCAUCGCUGGUUGAUGAACCUUUUUUUGAAUUAAGAAUGCAAACAUAUGUGACCCAUAUAUAACAGAGCUCUACACAUGCUGGUUAGUGUACAUUCAGAUGUACACUUUAUACAGUAGCAAAUAAAACAAACUCACCACGUAUGGAUAGUACUGAGAAUUAAGCUAAAGUGACUGUGUGUUCGUAUAUUCGUUCAUUGAUAUUUAUGCCAGAGUGUAUUACAAUUUCCGUCCAUUAAGUGAGUGAAGUGUAAUGAAGUGAAAAAUUGUGAACCACUGUGUCCAUGUCGAAUGAAUAGCGACCGAGUGACCCAGCGCCCAAGCGAAUGAAUGUGUGAUUGAUCAUCGUUUGUAGCAUUCAGAGAGCGAAUGUAAACACUGCAACCACUAUUCAAAGUGCAUAAAAAACGAAAAAUCGGCGACCAUAAAACUUGGCAUCACCAUCAUCAUCCUCACAUUAUGGUGCUGUUGUAGUCAUUUGAAAAUUUUGUUACACUUUUUACGGUCAUGGUGCCGUUUUUACUGCCGAGACACCAACGAAUUGUUCACCCUUUAAAUGGAUUACAACAACUACACAAUCUUCAAAAGCACCUCCGAUAACAGAAGCAACACUAUUGAAUCAUAGGAGAAAUUCUUUGAUUCUAUUUCUGAAUUACGAUAUAAAGUUAUUGCCUGUUUGCUGUUCCAAACCGGAAGAGUACAACAACCAAAAAACGACAACGACAACAACAUUUCGGGUUCAAGUUCCAGUUUCGAAAAUUUGUUAUUGUUUUUUGCUCGCCUGUUUUCAAAAGAUUAGAACCGUUCUUAUGUACGGCUAUUUGCAAGAAAGCCGUCAUCAUCAUCAUCAACACCACGACCAUUCACAUUGGCUCCACCAGUAUUUCGACUUCAGACCCAACUCUUCACCCGACUGCCCGAAUCGUCGACAGUAAAACAUAAAAAUGUAUUCUGCCGUUCGAACACACGACUUCGAUUAUCCAGAAUCGGAAAUGGAUGAUCGCGAGAGUUUAUAUUUCGAUACAAUAUCGCUGGCCGAUUCAGAAGCUGCCGCUGCUGCAGCAGCUCAUCGUAAAUCAUUAUCCCAGUCACGUAACACCAUCUACUAUUCAGCGGCAGAUUUGGCCGGUGAUGAGACGCCUGCCAAGCGAACAAAUAGCAUGCGUCUAGAGAAUGGUCAUAGAAUGCGUUCAUCAUGGAAUCCCAAUUAUCGGCAUUCAUCGCCAUUAGAACAUUAUCUGCCACCGACGUCGUCUACAAUGAUGAUGAUGACAACUGCGACAACAAAUGGCACAAAUUCAACAACUGCAGGCGUUGGUGGUGGCGGCGGCGGGCCCGGCAGCAAUGGUGCAGAUUAUACAGAUGCUGUUUUAGCUGCUCAGGUAAUGGCCCUACAGAAUGGUCGGUCAAAUUACACAGCUGGUGCUAAUGAGGCUGCACUUCAUAUGGCCAACGAUAUGGAGGUCUCUAGGCGUCUCCUACAGAAUAGUGCACAGAGUAGUAGAGAUAAGAAAUUGCCAAUUACAUACUCCCAGUGGAAAUUUAGGACGCGGCGGCGUUUUCAAGAUGGUGUCCGAGGGGUGGAUUAUGUUUUGGCUUUCAAUGGUGCCGAUCACAAAUUGGAUAACAUAAAGAAACGAGAAACCUUUGAGGCGAAUUUAGAAAAAGAAGGUCUGCAGCUGGAGAGGGACAACACUCAACGGAUACAUUUCAUUAAAAUCCACGCCCCCAAAGAAGUGCUGUAUCAAUAUGCGGAAAUACUUAAGAUAAAGCUACCAAUGAAAAAGAUUCCCGGCCAAGAUCAAAUCUAUGAUGAGGAAUAUGAACUCAGUGAUGGCGUGCGAAACUGUUGCAGUAAUAUUUUCAAGUCAAUUCAACUGAAUCCUGAAAAAUUUCCACCUAAACCGAAACGUAUUCAUUUUGAAUUUCAACGCAACUAUGAGCAUUUAUUCGAAUGUGAACAACCAAAUUUUUUCGAUGCUGGUACACGAAUUUACAUAAUUAAUUUUAUAUUGGAACGACAACACUUUGUUGAGGGCGAAGAAACACCGGACAAUUUGGGCAUUGAGAAGUUAUUGGCUGAUGGAGUCUAUGAGAGUGCAUAUACACUCCAUGACGAUACUGAUCGUGAUUUGUUGCUAAGUGAAUGGGCCAACAUAAAAAAAUGGAAACACUUACAACCCUUGGAUGCGAUAAAAGACUAUUUUGGUGCCAAAGUAGCCAUAUAUUUUGCAUGGCUUGGUUUUUACACUCACAUGUUGAUACCGGUUAGCAUUAUGGGCAUUUUGUUCUUUGUAUAUGGAUUUUUCACAUUACACACUGACCCCAUAAGUCAAGAAAUUUGCAACGAUAAUAAGACAACAUUGAUGUGCCCGCAGUGUGAUCGUAAUUGCGAUUAUUGGGAACUGAAGAAGACAUGUACAUUUUCGAAAGUGAACUAUUUCAUAGAUAAUAAUAUGACGGUUGUGUUUGCCUUUAUUAUGGCCAUGUGGGCCGUUAUUUAUUUGGAACUUUGGAAACGUUAUUCAGCUGGUCUGAUACACCGUUGGGGUCUCACGGGCUACAAUCAUGAGGUGGAACAUCCGCGUCCCGAGUAUUUGCAUAAACUUAGAAAGAAUCGAAAAUUCGCAAAAAAGCUGGAAGAGAUGGAUCCGGAAAGUGUAUUCGAGCCCGAGGUGCCUUUUUGGACAACGAAGUUUAUACCAAGCUUCACAAGUUACAGUAUAGUGGUACUUUCGAUAUGCAUAUCAAUUAUUGCCAUUUUCUCCAUGGUUGUAUACCGCAUGGCCCAGAAAGCAUCGCACAGUGUACUCGGCGAUGUGGACUCUGCAACGUAUAAAGUUAUGGCUAUGCCCUUCACGGCUGGUAUCAUUGAUUUGAUAGUCAUAUCAAUAUUGGACUACAGCUACAGUUACUUGGCUGUUAAGUUAACUGACUGGGAGUACUGUCGCACUAAAACUGAAUAUGAAGAAAGUUUGACGACGAAAAACUAUGUUUUCCAAUUUGUGAAUUACUAUUCUUCGUUAUUCUAUAUCGCCUUUUUGAAGGGCAAAUUUGUUGGUUAUCCCAUGAAAUAUAAUCGCAUUUUUGGUUUCCGCCAAGAAGAAUGUAGCCCUGGUGGAUGUCUCAUGGAACUGUGUGUGCAACUUGUAAUCAUAAUGGUGGGUAAACAGGCGGUAAAUGGCAUAAUGGAAAUGUUGGUGCCCUAUCUUAUGAAGAAAAUCCGAAAGUUUAUGACUCGUGUUGGCAUUAAACGCCGAAGUUCGGAAGAGAAAUUGGUAUCGUGCAAUCAAUGGACAGAGGAUUAUCAUCUAGAGCCAUGGAGAGACAAUUUAAUGUUUGGAGAAUAUUUGGAAAUGGUAAUCCAAUAUGGUUUUAUCACCCUCUUCGGAUUGGCCUUUCCCCUUGCUCCACUUUUAGCUUUGAUCAACAAUGUCAUAGAAGUUCGUAUGGAUGCUGUAAAAAUGCUUAAGUACAUACGAAGACCGGUGGCACAGCGGGUACGCAACAUCGGUGUUUGGUUUGGAAUUAUGACUGUUGUCACAAAGAUUGCUGUUGCCUCGUGUGCCAUGAUCAUAGCGUUUUCGACAAAUCUCAUACCGAAAAUAAUCUAUAGACACGAACAUCCCAACGAUGAGGGAUUGCAGGGCUAUUUAAAUUAUACUUUGGCCUACUUUGAAACCAAAGAUUACACUAUAAGUCCUCUGUUGGGUGAAUCCAAAUAUGGCAAUGUAACAAUGUGUCGCUAUUCGGAGUUCAGAAAUCCUCCAUGGCAUGGAAAUCCGUACAAGCGACCUCUAUUCUAUUUUAAAAUAUUGAUGGCACGUUUGGCUUUCAUUGUGAUAUUCCAGAAUAUUGUUGGCGUCUUGCAGACUCUCAUCGCUUGGGCCAUACCGGAUGUUUCGGCCAAAUUAGUGAGACGCAUUAAGCGCGAAAACUUUUUGCUGCGCGAACAUAUUAUCGAAUAUGAAAGGCGUCAGGCUAAAAAAGAAAUUGAGAAAAAAAUAGUCGACAAGGUCCACGGAUUGACUUCCAAUAUCUUUAAGAGUGGUGUCAAUAACAAUCUCCUCAAUAAUGGAGUGGGGACAUUCUCUGAUCCCAUCGAAGAAGAGGAUGACGAUGUUGUGCAGCUACGCAAACGCAAUAUUCAACAGGAUGAUGCAACACCUCUGUAGUUAUCACUCAAUAUCCUCAUAGCAUUAGGCAAAGUAGUUCCAGUAACAGUAAGAGUUGCCAUUGCCCUAACACAGCGUCAUCAGACUAUCCUUUACCGUUUUCUAUUCAUGAUUUAUCAUUAUUGGAUGAGUCAAUUUCAUGAUAUUUUUUUUUUCUAUCUCACCUGUCCUUUACAUUUGUCUUUAUAUUGUUAAUCAAUUCCCAAGUGUUGUAAAUGUAAUUAUUCUUAAAUAUUGUAAGGAAAAUUAUAUGGUAUUUAGUUAUUUAUCAGAAACAUCUAUGCUAAACAUACAGCUACUUCUCUUCUACUAUAUCUAUUUCUAAUUUUAUAUUUUUUUACUUUUAUUUAUUUGUAUUGAUAUUUGUUUAGAACGAAAUAAGUAAAGCAAGAAAACCAAACUAUUGUCAAAACUGAAAACCACAAGAAAGUACUUAAAGUACGAGUACUAAUGUUAGUCUAUAUACACAUAAAUGUUAAGUUUAAAAUUGUAAAAAAACAACAACAACAAAUUAUUGUAACUCACUCACAUAAUGCAGCUGAAAAUAUAGUUUCACACAAAAAACAAAACAGUAAAAAAAAUACAUACCAACAAAUUGUUUAUAUAUUUAAUUUGCCUUAAAAUAGAAAUAGAGAAACAACCAAGCAACAAACAACAAAAACAAAAACAAAUACACUCAAUUUGCCUUAAUAUAUACACUAAAGUUAAA